GACAAAAUGGCGGACGAAAYGUGGUGAUUUUGGCAAUUUUUAAUCUGUCAUAAGUUGUAAAGAUGAGGGUUGUUGCGUUAAUAAGCGGUGGUAAAGACAGCUGCUACAACAUGAUGCAGUGUGUUCAAAAYAGGCACGAGAUUGUAGCCUUAGCAAACCUUAGGCCGUCAGAUAAAGAUGAACUUGACAGUUACAUGUAUCAAACAGUGGGUCAUCAAGCCAUAGACAUGUAUGCAGAGGCCAUGGGGCUGCCCUUAUUUAGAAGGACUAUUCGAGGCUCGUCCGUAGAAACUGGAAUGAUUUAUGUCCAAAACGAACAAGAUGAAGUAGAGGAUCUUUAUGAACUACUUCUUUCAAUCAAGUCAAAAAUAAAGUUUGAAGCAGUUUCUGUUGGAGCAAUUUUGUCAGACUACCAAAGAGUGAGGGUAGAGCAUGUAUGUUCACGUUUAGGACUUUCRUCUUUAGCAUAUUUGUGGAGAAGAGAUCAAGGAGAGCUGUACAAAGAAAUGAUUGAAAAUGGACUUGUUGCAGUGAUUAUUAAAGUUGCAGUUAUUGGACUUACUCCAAGAAAACAUCUGGGUCUCACAAUGAAGGAGAUUCAUCCAGUGAUUCUAGACCUAAACUCAAAGUAUGGAGUGAAUAUUUGUGGAGAAGGAGGAGAAUAUGAAACAUUCACAAUAGACUGUCCUCUUUUCAAGAAGCGUAUWUUAAUUGAUGAUUCCWCAGUUGUUAUCCAUUCUGAUGAUGCMUUUGCUCCAGUGGGAUUUCUCCAGUUAAACUCCCUUCAUCUUGAAGAGAAACAGGAGAAUAAACAAUACAUUCCUGCAGUUCCAUAUUGUGGAGAUCCCAUUCAAAAUAUUCCUGACAACCUCAUGACAGUAAGUACUAAUCCAGGCUCAUUUUACUAA